AUGAAACUGUACACCAGCCCAAGGUUGGCGACACCUGAUGAAAAUCGAAUCGCAGAACUGGCCGAGACAGAUCGUCGUGAAAGACAGUACCUUCGUCGAACGAAGCGUCAAGCGCCGGAAUGUGAAUGUCGCACCCGACAAACCAAACGGCAUCCGUCCAAAUUGAUACUGAUUGCCCCCAUCAAUGAACGAUUUUCCUCCCUAUCCUCUGGCUUGAUAGGCAGUUGCCUCGAAUACCAUGAAAUAUCGGGAAUGCUGGAGGGAAUCAAAAAUCUCCGCAACCGUGGGGACAGCUACAACCCGAUUCCCGGUCAGUUCGUCCAAACGCCGGAAAUCCACGCAGAACCGCUCUACGAACUAGAAAUUGUAGAGCAAACUGGAGUCCCCAAUCUGGUUU